GCCAUAGGCCUGUUUUUGUAAUUGGACAAUUUCCAAAUUCCCCUGAGAGGAGCUCUUGUCAUUCAAGCUCAUUACCUUUGUUGCUUUAACCUUGCAGUGUGGAAAUUAUGUCCAUUAUUAUCUAAGGUGCGGCCUGUGCGACUCCACAGCUGCAGUAAGACCACAAAUCCUGUUGGGAGCGCCAGCGAGAUAGAGCUUCAAUUCCACACAGAAGGGGUGGUGAUCAACCCCCGCCCCGGAUAGGAAAGUUGCUUUGGACGGACGGUUUAUCGGGAAGGACCGGAAGUAAUCUUGGGCGGACUGUUAAUCGGGAAGGUGGGGGUGAUGGCUCUGACCAUCCGCACGGAGCUCGGGGACAUGAAGCUGGAAUUGUUCAGCGAGAGGGCCCCAAGGAGCUGUGAGAACUUCCUGGCACUGUGUGCUAGUGAUUACUACAAUGGCUGCCUAUUUCAUCGCAAUAUCAAAGGCUUCAUUGUGCAGACUGGAGACCCGACAGACACUGGGAAAGGAGGUUCCAGUAUCUGGGGGAGGAAGUUUGAAGAUGAAAUUAAUGAACAUCUUAAGCACAAUGUCCGAGGGGUUGUGUCUAUGGCGAACAGCGGCCCCAACACCAACGGUUCCCAGUUCUUCUUCACGUAUGGGAAGCAGCCGCAGUUGGACAUGAAGUACACAGUGUUUGGGAAGGUAAUCGAUGGUCUGGAGACUCUUGAUGAGCUGGAGAAGCUUCCGGUAAAUGAGAAAACAUUCCGACCACUGACCGAUGUCCGCAUCAAAGAUGUUGUUAUUCAUGCCAAUCCGUUCGCACUCUGAUCUCAGGUGUGGCCACAGGCACCUAUGGAGCUGAGCAAUUUGAGCAAGAUGCUGAGAUUCCACUGAGACAGUUUGAAGCUGAGAUCUGAGAUCUGAUCCCACCAUUAUACCUUAGCACUGCUCAGCUGGAGAGGGCCCACAGAAACCAUAUGGACCACAAAGGCUGUUGAGAAGGCUACCUAUCGUCCUCACCUCACUCGCGCACACACUCUCUCCUGCACCUACCCCUCUUGCCUCUCCCCUCUCUCACUAGCUUCCCUCUCCUUUCUCUCCAUGUCUCUCUACCUCUCCCUCACAUUUUUCUCUGCCUCUUUCUCUCUUCUUGCUCUCUUUCCUUUCUCUCUGGGUUUCCCUCUAUCUCUCUUUUCACCUCUCACUCUUUCCCAUUUUUCUACUUCUUUCUCUCCCUCUUGUUCCCUCUUUCACUUGCUCUCUUCUCCCUCUCUUGCAUACCUCCCUCUCUCUCCCCCCUCUACCUAUCCAUCUCUAGCUCCCCUCCUUUUUCUUUGUGUGUCUCUCCACCUCCGCUCUCCCAUUUCUUUCUGCCUCUUUCUCUAUCCUUGCCUCUGUACCUCCUUUUUCUCUUUGGGUCUCCCUCUGUCUCCUUCUCCCUCUCUCCACCUCAUUCUAUCUCCCAUUUAUCUGUGUCUUCCUCAUUCCCUCUCUUUCUUUCUCCUCCCUCCCUCCUUCCUCCCCCCCCCCACUCUCAAUUGAGUUCCUCCCCAACCCAGUAAACGGAAGGAAUUACUAAAUGAGUUGUAUUAAACUGGAAGAAAGCUGAGCUUGCACACACAAUCCAUGUUGGAGGAGAGAACGUGCAAAUUUAAGCUUCAGGUUAUAUCCUCAGUCCGAACACACCUGCUGAUUCUUCUCAGCUCUUAUUUUCCAGCAGGAUUUUACUUUCUUUAUAUUUCAUCUUUCCCCCCACCCUGCCCCCAACUGCUGCAGCAGGAUCUGAUGCUUUAUCAUUGGCUUGGGAACUGCCUGUGUGGACUGUUACUGCAUUGGUUGAUGCUGUUAAUAACUGGGGCAUCGGUUAUUUGAUGUGUCUUAUCCAAAGCAUUCAGGCUGCAGUCUGUGUUUAAAUAAACUGGGGUGAUCUA